CCGGGAUACUCUAUACGCCGGUCAGCCCCUCCGGUAGCAGCCCCUGCUUUAAGGCUGUAUGGGGAGAUUUCGAAAUCUGGAAAAGCUUUCAAUUGUUUAGCAGAAAUAGUGUGAAACGUACAAUGCUAAGACCACAAUGCCUCAAAUAUUCAACAGUUUUGCCUCUCAAAUAUAUAGAGCUUAGAUAUUUCCUAUUCGUCGUGAGUUUUAUUUUGGCACAGAGCAUGUGUUACUUGUGAUGAAAUGACAACUAGAAAUUAAUUGCACAUUCCUGUCUCUCUCAUUAAGUGUUAGACGAAAUGGCUUACUACUUGAAGCAAAACCAGUUGGCGACCAUGUUGAAAAAGAAGCCAACUUUAAAACGUUUCUACAAACAACGAUGGAGAAAUCCAGCUUUAGUACUCCUCUCAACGCUUUUCGUCAUCGGUUACUUUUCAAUGGGCCAAAUUACCUUAAUAGGAUCUGUACUUUCAAGACUACCUUUUAGACCCUGUCCCGAUAGGACAACGCCUCCCAUACCAAACUUCGACAGGCAUCUUUUAUCUGAAAAAGCUGAUGAAAACAAAACUGCCCAAUUUCCUGAAGAUCUCUUCACUCUGGAGCAACGAAAAAAUGGUGCUGUACUAUUUCAUUGUCUUGGUUUAGUCUAUAUGUUCGUCGCCUUGGCCAUUGUUUGCGACGAAUUCUUUGUUCCUUCUUUAGAUGUGAUUACAGAAAAGGCUGGAAUAUCCGAGGACGUAGCUGGAGCUACUUUCAUGGCCGCCGGAGGGAGUGCUCCGGAACUAUUCACUAGCAUUAUUGGUGUCUUCAUCAGUUACGAUGACGUUGGAAUAGGCACCAUCGUUGGUUCUGCAGUCUUCAACAUCCUCUUUGUCAUUUCUAUGUGUGCCAUAUUCAGUAAAACUGUACUGGAACUGACCUGGUGGCCUCUCUUCCGCGAUGUCACUUUCUAUGCCAUAAUUCUCAUCCUACUCAUGACAUUCUUCCAAGAUAAUGUCAUCUUAUGGUGGGAGGCCCUUGUGCUGUUGAGCUGCUACAUUUGUUAUGUCACUUUCAUGAAAUUUAAUGAACAUUGUGAGAAAUUCAUCAAGAAGUUGCUUAACCGCAAUAAAGUAACGCGCGUUGGUAGCGCUGAUAAGCUGAUGCCACAUAUGACAAAGCGCAAGAUGAGUACCCCGAUGCUCCACGCAGGAAGUAAAUUCCGUUCGGGUCUUUUACAACUUAUGAUACACACGAUUGAUCCAAUGCAUGAUGGUAAAUUGGACGAUAAAGCCAAUCAACUCCAUGCAAUGGCUUCCUUAAAGGUUCUUCUCGAAGCACAAAAAACGAAUGGAACAGUCAACAUGAGGGUAAAUCAGGGCAAGGGUGUUCCAAACAGUAUAUCUUGUCCAGCUUGCUCUGAUUGUCCAGACUGUACCCAUGGAACCCACCCUUCUAUGGUAGAAUCUCCAAGUGGGAUGCACAUCGUUCCAUCGAAUGUGGGUGGGGGUGAUAGUUCAGCUGAUGACCAGAUGCCACCAGUGGAAAUGUCACCCACAAGCAACGUCCGGGUAAUUUGGACUGCCAAUAACUCAACUGGUACCUUCAUGACCAGAAGUAUUCGGAGUGACCCUGGUGACGCUGCAGUACUUCGUACAGAUUCAGUCAACAGUAUACCUCAAAGCAACGCUGACUCCACUCAGAAUGUCAACAUUGUCAUGCCAUCCGAAUCUAAAACGCAGUUGCAAAAUUCGAAUCAAAAUAUUCCACAUUCCAAUUCACAGGGAUCACAGCCACCAGAACCUGCUACUGAAGAGGAAGAAGAUGGUGAAAAGCCGAUGGAUUUAUCAUGGCCCGAUACAUGGCAGAAAAGACUAAAUUACGUUCUGAUUGCUCCUAUUGUAUUUCCAUUGUAUUUAACUCUUCCAGACACAAGGAGACCGGAAAAAAGAAAAUUCUUCUAUAUGACAUUCAUAGGCAGUAUCUGCUGGAUUGCUGUAUUUUCUUACCUAAUGGUGUGGUGGGCUUCCCUUGUUGGGCAAACAGCGGGCAUUCCAAAUGAGGUUAUGGGACUGACAUUUUUAGCUGCCGGAACCAGCAUACCUGAUUUAAUAACGAGUGUUUUGGUGGCCAGAAAAGGCUUUGGAGAUAUGGCCGUAUCGAGUUCUGUCGGCAGUAAUAUAUUCGACGUCUCUGUAGGGUUGCCUUUACCCUGGUUUCUUUCUUGCCUCAUUUUUGGCCCAGUAGAAGUCAGCAGUUCCGGCAUGGCAUGUUCUCUCCUGUUGCUCUUCCUCAUGUUGCUGUUCGUCAUAAUAUCUAUUGCAGCUUUCAAGUGGAGAAUGAACGUCGGUUUAGCAAUGGUGAUGUUCGGUUUAUACUUCGUCUUCAUCGCCUGCAGUCUCCUACUCGAGUACGGCGUGGUCAACUGCGAUACCCUUCUUGGACGGUGAAAGACACUGGCAAAUAAGUUGAUCAUCUUCCUCCAAGUGGAUAUACUCUAAAAAGUGUGCUGUACACUAAUGAUGGUUAAUAGAGCAGGGUGGUUCAAGUCAACAGACAACUUGACUGCGUGACUCGAAAUGCUGUGCCAAUUUCUAAAUUACGUGCUCUUCUUGAAACCUUAUUUAUAUAUGAAAUAGUUAGUUCCAAUUUGGGAUGGUACAUUGUUAGUUAACAGAAGAAUCUCGAACUUUCAAAUAUGAAGAAGUAAAGAAGCUACUACCCCCGUUGAGGAGUUAGCAACUUUGUUGCUUUUAGUUUUACUUUUUUUUGUUUUUUUUGUUUAUUUUUAACCAAUGCUGUGCUUACAGAUACAAUGUAGUCAAUAACAGAUAAUGUGCCUUCCAAGUAUUCCGUGCAUUGACUUACUCGCUAUAAUAUAUUUAUUUGAAUAUUAGAAGAAAUAUAUAUAGUGUAUGUUAAGCUAAAUAAUUCAUAUAUUAACUACAUUACACACCAUGUUAGUUAUAUAUAUUACAGCUUAUUCAGUGAUUUAUCAAACAUAUGUUAAGUUUCAAUUUAUCUAUACACUCUCAAAACUGGUUCAUCAUAGGCACUCUGAACCAUAAUGCCGUGUAAAUUUGCUGCAACCUCAGUAACAUGUUAAGCAGAACCGUCUUUAAUUUCAAGUUGAACCAUAUUAUCGUAUAAAUUAUUUCACGUGCUCUGAUCUGUACGAUAAUAUGGUUUUACUUGACACUGUAUUAAGGUUGUAACAAAUUUGAGCGAUAAUACGGCUCAACGCAUUUUAAAAUUUCUAACAGUGUAUAUAUAAAUUUACGGUGUUGAUAAAUUUGUUUUAUAGCAAAAAUAUAAUUAAAUUAUCAUUGCUAUUCGUUUGUUUAUUGAAUGAAACUUUCGAAUUUUAUAGAAAAUAAUCACUUUUUUAAACGAUAACUUUCUCAAUCUUUCAACUUGAAUAGCAUUAUAUGGUUCCAAUUUUAAAGCAUUACAGUGGUAGUAAAUUUAAACAAACCACUAGAAUAUACAUCUAAGUCUAAAAUUAAAUCUUCCAUAAA